UGUCACAGGCGAACUAAGCCUGGCAAGCGAGGCACGUGGCUCACUGGGCGCUCAGCAUAUCAACAACAGCGCAGUUUGUGUUGGUUAGAAGAGGUUCGCUGGGAUCACAACCAAUCUAGCGGGCGUAGGACAGAGACGCACUCAUUGGCUCGGACUGACUCCAAAACACCAAGGCCAACUUGUACUUUGCCUGUCACCCUUUCUCACCUAGUUGAAUCCUAGGAGGCAGUAGGUCGGGACCGGUUUGUGGCUUCAGUGUGACGUGGAUUCUGGGCAGUAUCAUGAAAAGAGAUUCCGCAGUAGAUUUCGAUUUAGUAACGGGCGUACUCAACACGAUGUCACUCGCUCCGGACUUCGGUUACACAAAAGACUUUUCAUUCUGCCAGAGUGUUCCUAAAUGCGCGGGGUGUGACCAAUCUAUUCUAGAUAGAUUUAUUCUGAAGGUCCAAGAUCGUUCAUGGCAUGCCAAAUGCUUGAAGUGUGUGGAUUGCCAGGUACAACUCAACGAGAGAUGUUUCACAAGGGGAGGGCAACUAUUUUGUAAAGAAGACUUCUUCAAGAGGUACGCAGCAAGAUGUGCUUCUUGCGACAAAAGUAUCGCGCCAAAAGAACAAGUACGGAGGGCUCAAGACAACGCAUACCAUCUACAAUGCUUCGCUUGUGUCUAUUGUAAGCGACUACUAGCUACUGGAGACGAGUUUUACCUAAUGAAAGACAACAAACUUGCCUGUAAAAACGACUACGAAGUCUCAAUAAGCAAAGAUGUUGAGAUGGAUAAUUCUAACAAGCGUCCCCGUACAACUAUAACGGCUAAGCAACUGGAGACACUCAAGACGGCGUACACUAAUAGCCCUAAGCCAGCAAGGCACGUCCGGGAACAACUAGCUCAAGAAACUAACUUGGACAUGCGAGUUGUACAGGUGUGGUUUCAAAACCGAAGAGCCAAAGAAAAACGGUUGAAGAAAGACUCCAGUCGUCAACGUUGGGGGCAGUAUUUCCGCACCGUCAAGCGAGGGAAUGAGAACAGUAGUCCUGUACUAAGUGGCCAGGAGUCACUCUCCUCACCUAUUAAACUAGAGACAGGGGAUGACAAACUGGACUUUGAAGAAACGAGCGAAGUUACAUCUGAGAGACCCAUUGGCUUCAGCCAUGACCAGAACACACCAAGCAAUGGUUCCCAUCACAUCCACUCUAAUGGGUUUAUCAAUGCAAGAGACACAUACGGCUCUCCUCCACCAUCAGUAACAGGUCCACGGAAUGCUGGCUACUCGUUGAAUCAUUCACCAAGCCUUCCUGUCACUCAGCAGGGAAUGAUGCCUAAUAUCCCAUUUAGCGAUGCAGGUAUGCCUGGCUUACUUAGUUCAGCAAGUCAUGGAUUAGGCGAGGCAAUGAGAGUCAUGGUUAGUUCAGCUGCAGACCUUCAACAUGUACCUACAUCAACAGGUUAUGAUGACUUCCCAAAUCAACACUCGUGGAUAGAGCAACCUCAGUACUAGGAUCGGUGAAUAGAUAGGGAACACUUCUAAAGGAUAGGGUUUGUACAUUUGAGAUGGCCUUUGAAGAAACAAGUGGGCUCUAAAACAUGUACUUCUUAUAAGUCGUUUUAUCCUUCAAACAACAUCGUUAAUAGUGUGAGAUCAAAAACAUUAUAAAAAGACUUUUAUACGAUGCAUUUGAGUUGAAUCGGACAAUUAUUUAGAUAGAAAUGGAAACAAUCUAGAGUUGCAAAUAGGUCAGGCACGAUGGAAACGGCUGGUCUUUGUUACUCACUUGGAUCCUCGUCAGCAAUCGUCUAGAAUUAGAAGUACGGCAAUGAAAAACCUGUAACAAUGAAACCAGCAUUUUAAGAGUGGACAUAGUAGAUAGUACAAGAUGACCUACCUAGCCCUCAUAAUGCUAAGAACUUCAGAGGCUUCGUAUUCCUGCUAUGAAUGUUGACAAGAGUCCAACUUGUUAAUGUAUUGACUUUAAUGAGACCACUUGGUGUUUGGGUAACGGUAGGAAAGCUGCUAUCUGGAUAAUCUGUCUACAAGGAAAUGUUUUUGUACGCUUUGAAAACUGUUUAACACACAUCCUAUUUUAUUGCAAGUUGAUUUGAAGGGACAUGAGGCUUGUAAGGUUUUAAAUUACAAACAAUUCUUUAAAAACGCAGCGCGAAUAAGUAAUAGGUUUGAGUGUUUGCAAACAUCACCACCAUUGUAAUCGAGGUAAAACCUCUGAUCACAACUAGAAAA